AUGAAAGUGUGGCGGUUAAAAGACGCCGUACUGAAGGCAAUUCGCAGUGGUGGGUGCACACUUUGUGGGUAUACUGUCGGAAGAAAUCUGGACGCUCGAUUGGCCAUUAUCAUUCCUUGGCAGCUUGACCUGUCCUUACCAAUGCAAUCUCCUUCAAAACGAUGGGGUGCAGCCACUCGAGACCCGACAACGGGUUUGGUUUCAGAGCUGGCAUCUUUAAACUCCAAGGAUGGUAUUUCGGCUGUUGUACGCGUGUGGCGACAAAGCUACGCGUAUAAACGCUUCGGCAUAGUGGUCGAUCCGAAUGCCAAGGACUCCUCAGACAUCGGUCGUAUGCUUGGUUUCAUCUCGGAACCAGCAUUACGCAGCACCUUGUACCUGUUGUAG